AUGCGUCCAUCGAAUUCUGACGUUAUAAUCGGAAUUUCAACCCGCAGCAAAUCCCGAGCAUACAUCCACCGCAAUUGUUCCGGCGUCUCUCUACCCGACCCGGUUCCAAUAAAACCCAUUUCCUUCCGCCCCGAAAUUCAAUCAGCGGAAGCUUUCCUUGACAUGAACUGCAUCAACCCACCGCCAGUUUCAUCCAUUAAAGAUCUCCGCGCGCGAAGGGUUUCCACUCGAGAUCUCAAUUCAGUUCUGGCAGAAGAAGAAUUGGAUGCCGAAAUUGAGGAGCGGAGGAAGCUGUUGAAGGUUUCAGAUGUCAGCUCGGAUUCGGGUCGGGUCGAUGAAGGAAAUGGUGUGGAAAAUGGUCUGAGUUUGAAGGAUCCGCCAAUUUAUGGAUACCCCUCUCUCUCCAAGGGUAAAAUGGCCCUAAAUAGGUCUGGUCAAAGAAAGGUGUUCAAGAAUUCGAGCUCUUUCGGCUAUCGAAGAUUGCUUCCCUAUCUAAUGGACAUUGUGAAUGCUGACUCUAGUGUUUCCAAGAUUGAAAUAGUAGAUGCCGAAAUUCCAUGUAAAUUACAGAAGUUUGAUGCUGCGAAGAGUUCUAAGGUUGAGAGCGGCGGGCCCCACUUUGACGAUAAAAAUCCGUCAGAAAAUAAUGAAGAAAGAAUUGAUGCUUCGGUUGCAGAAGAGUGUGUCCAAAUGACGCCACCCGAUCCUGAUAUCUUCACCAAACGAGAGGUUACGAAUGGUGCAGAACACGAAAUCUUUAAACGCGGCACCAAUUCAGUUAAUAGACCUGUUCUUAAUCCGUGUUCUCGACUAAGGCUGUUCAAGAAUUCAGGAUCACUCAGCUACAGAAGGCUGCUUCCAUUUCUGAUGGAUAUAUCUAAUAAUAAUAAUUCAUGUGCCUCGAAAAUAGCUCAACAUCCAGUACCGAAUAACGAACAAAACUACGAUGAGAAAAUUAGAACAGAAAAUUCCCAUGAGAAACAACAUGCCGAUGAUCGAACCGAAACUUUGUUGGAAAAUAGUAAUCGUAAAAACUCAGAACAGGGCUCUGACUGUGAAGAGAAUAUUCCAACCAAGCAGUCUACUUUUGAAGAACACGGGCUCGUUGGAAAACCGGAAAAUAAUUGCUUCGAUACGGGAUUGGAACAUCACAAUAACAACCAACAGUCGAUUGAGAAAGUUAAUUCGAAAGAAAGCUCAUCCCAAAACAAAGUAUCGGAUGCUUUGCUUUCUCCAAGAAACGGUUGUUUGAAGGGAAUACUGAGAAGAAACCGAAGAGGAUGCAGAGGGUUAUGCAAUUGUCUGAACUGCGCCUCGUUUCGUCUUAAUGCCGAUAGAGCGUUCGAGUUUUCUAGGAAUCAAAUGAACGAUGCUCAAGAACUUGCGUCGGAGUUGAUGGAUGAAUUAGCUAACCUCCGUCUUUUAUUGGACAAAUCUACUUGUAGUAGUGAUAUCAACCCGGCUGUUAUUAAACAAGCAUGCAAUAAAGCACUGGAAACAGAAAAGCAAGCCAAAGAGCGCCUUAGCCAAUUGAAUUACGAACUCGAUGUUCACUGCAGAAUCCCGAUGUUGGUGCAGCCAAAGGUAACCUUCGCUAACUACAUUCAAGAAAAAGCUAUUCCCGUAUCAAAUAAUACAGAAAACAACGAAUAAAGUUAUGUAAAAAGAUUUUAAAAUGUUUGUAGAUGAAAUGCAAGUUAUAGAUUUUGUGCUAAGGUUUGCGUUGUAUAUUUUGUUCUUCGAUACAUGUACGGGAUUGAGGCAAUGGUGUGAUAUUUAUGCUGCACGGAUAUCGCACUCAAAGUUUAUUUAUGAUUGUUGUUUCUUGGAGAAAUAUACUAUAAAGUCGAGUCUUUGGUGAGAAAGCCAAUUCUUAAGAAUUGAUUUAAAUGCAAUUUUUUUUAUUAGUCAUUAUUCUUACGUUCGAGCUUGAUCGAACAAUUGUUAUUUAUAUUUUUUAAGUUUUGCAAUUGGAUUUUUAAGGCAAUUUA